CAGCGGAUGGAGGAGCUGCCAUACACUGCACCGAGACUGUAAGGACCAAGCUCGUUGGUUGGCGAGAUACCAUUCGCAAGAUGGCUGGAGAGCAGGUGAAACCCGCGCAGUCUCUCAUGGAUCUCAACUUCCAGUCUCUGGCCGCGCAGGAAUUGGAUCACAAGCAGAUGGAGCUGGACUCGGCGACGGCCAAACUGGACCAGCUUAGAAAAGAACUGGAACACAGGAGGUCCGCAGGCCAGCCUCAGAGUUUGGAAAUUCCAACAUCUCAAAUGCUUAACGCCACGAUCUCCCCGACCCUAACACGCCGGUCUCUUCCUCCUCAGCCGACCCCGUCGCUUGGCAUGGCUCCUUCCCUGCUUUCUCACAGACCCCGACCACAGGAAUCUUCACUCCCUGCCGCCAUGCCACCUCCUCUCUCUAUGAGUGCCACCCCUCCAAUGCCCACACUGACCCUCAGCCCCUCGCCAACCCUCACUCGUCGGUCCCUUCCCCCAGAGAACAUGGACUCCUACCUCCCCCCACCUUCUCGUGCCCAACGUGGCCAUCCUUUAUCUCCUCGCCCCCAAUAUCACGAACGGUCAUCAUCUCCUCGCCUGUCAUCGGGUUCCUAUGAUUUUCCCCGGUCGGCGUCCCCUGUCCCUGAGAUCUCCUCUACCGGAAUGGGAGGUUAUUCGGACCGAGCCCCACCACAGAGACAGCCUCAGGCUUAUGAGGGCCCACCAGGAUUCGCACCAUACAGGAACUUCUCAGAUGAGGUUAAUUCUCUCCGCCGCCGUCCCCUUCAACAACGUAACUGGAAUGAAUCCGAUCUGGACAUGGCUUUUGAGAAAAAGGCUCCUCAGGACAGGGCAGAUAGAGGGUCCCUUGGUGGAGUGCCUCUGGUGAAAGCCUGGAGGGAAAGCAGCUUGGACCCGGUCCCUCCAAAAGGAAAGAAUGACAGCUCUGCUACCCUACCCCGGAGCUAUAAAUACUCCGGUGGGAUUGAACGUGGUUCGCAAGCGCCAGAUUCGGGAUGGAGGUCAGGAACUGGGACCUUGCCCCGCUCAUUGCCACCCCAGCAGCCCAUCUCCCGUAUACCUGUACCACCGCCUAUGGGAAAGGUCCAAGCACACAGACCCCUCCCUCUGUCGAUGAUCUUCCAAUUGCAGAAUGCGUUCUGGGAGCACCAGGUUCCUCCUUCAACGCAAGGCAUGCCUAAUGCAUAUGGUAUACCUCCUACCAUGAACAUGAACGUUCCACCAACUACUCCCGUGGUCUCUGAUUUGCCCAGCCUUUCUACCAAUGCAGUAGCUCCGCCGGCUCCGGAAGAAGUGCCACGACCUCUCAGCCCCACUAGACUUCAGCCUAACCUUCCAUCUUCGAUGGCGGACGUUCAACGGGUGCUAGAGGAUAUGCCUCGUCCGCUGAGGAGACGAGGCUCCCAAGAACAUACUGCACAGGCCCCACUACUUCCCUCUCACCGUCGUCAGUAUCGGCAAAUCAUGGGCCGACUGUUUGGGAGAGCAACGUCUAAAGCCAGUACCGUCCCAGAACAGCCAAAGGAUGAGGAGAGGCUGCAGGGCUCUGCAAGCAAUAAGGCCCCCGCCCCCGAGGAGCAGAUUUCAGAAGAGGGUCCACUAAACGCCACAUACAAGAUUCACUCCAUUCCUGAGGAACCAAAAGCAGAAGAAAAGUUGGAAGUAUCCGCUCCCAAGCCUGCUCCCACCCCUGACGACCCGGUAUGCGUCAUCCUAGAGGCAUCGGAAUCAAGGGUCGGGGCAUCGGCUCCAGGACAACCAGACCUGGAGUUUGGCGUUCCUGUGGUGAUCAGCGGAACUCAAGUGCCGGAGCUUCGUUCAGUCUUAAAGGGACACAGUGUCCCCCGACGGAAUCGCCCCCAACGUGCCCGACUGGACCCCCUCAUUCUGCUGUUAGAUGCGGCUCUCACUGGAGAACUGGAUGUGGUUACUCAAGCUCUUAAAGAGGUGAGCGACCCAAGUCAGCCCAACGAGGAGGGGAUCACUGCUCUACACAACGCCAUCUGCGGCGCCAAUUACCACAUUGUCAGCCUGCUCAUCGACAGCGGCGCCAACGUUAAUGCAGCAGAUAGCCAUGGAUGGACACCUCUGCACUGCGCGGCCUCUUGCAAUGACCUACAGAUUUGCUCGCUCUUGGUGCGACAUGGGGCAGCCAUCUUUGCUACGACGUAUAGUGAUGGCUCCCUGGCUGUGGAAAAGUGUGACCCCUACAGGGACGGGUACAAAGAGUGCAUCACUUACCUGACAGAAGUGGAGGAGUGCAUGGGAGAAACGCAGAGCGGAGUCAUUUACGCGCUGUGGGAUUACUCUGCAGAGUUUGCAGACGAGCUGUCCCUACGGGAGGGAGACUCCGUUACCGUACUUAGAAAGGAUGGGGAAGGUGGUACAUGGUGGUGGGCUUCUCUCUGCGGACGAGAAGGCUAUGUACCCCGCAAUUACUUUGGGCUGUACCCCAGAGUUCACGCCCCACGCACUUCGCCAUGAUGAAACCCUGGAAGAAGCGACAUCAUCAGCUCGAGGAGCUUUCAUUAGCCAAUAGAUCCGCCAUCCGCUGGGCGAAUACAGAGCAUGUAUCUGUGCUUAAGUUUGUCUGUGUUACGUGUCCGACAUAUAUGUUUGCUGUGUGUGUCUGUCGGUUACAUUAUGAAAGGACUGCUAUGUAUGUCACAACUGUGUGUUGUUUAUCUGGCACACUGUGUGUGCUCGCUGUGAUAUUAUUAUGCGCCAGACUUGCUUACGGAAGAGUUGUGUGUCUGAACGGUUGUUGUGUUGUUAAUGGGACAGCAGUGAAUGUGUAGUUUGUGUAACUGCCGCCCUCUCUUUGUAUACAAUUUUGUAAUAAAAUAAUUAGCUGUGAACGGACGUCUUUUAUGCUCGUCUUUUAAACGAUGGUUUCAACGCAAAAGGUUGGACAUAAAAUAGAGCGGUUUUAUAGAAUUUCAGAUAUAUAUAUGAAGUUGUCAGAAUUGCCAACGGUGUCCUUCUAUCGCACCCGUAUGUUUGCAUUUUAAGAUAAAUUCUGUGGCGCCAUUAAAACGGCCAUCUUUUUUCUCUGCCGUCGGUCGCAAUUCUUAUCUGUGCGCCGAUUGGCCAAAAAAAGGUCAAGAGCCAAUCAGAAUAAAGAUGAAAUUCAA